AUGUCCGCAAGUACCGAAGUUAGUGCCAUCGCUGAAUUUUUUAAAAGAAAAUCAAUAUUUAUAACUGGCGCUACUGGAUUUAUUGGAAAGCAACUAGUCGAAAAACUUAUUCGGUCAUGUCCAGACCUUGAACACAUUUAUCUUCUCGUUCGACCAAAACGUGGUCGCGCUGUCAGCGAGCGACUAAAAGAAUUAUUGAGUAGUCCUUUAUUCAAUGUCGCUCGAGCUGCUAAUCCAAAUUUCGAAUCAAAGAUACUUGCUCUACAAGGUGAUAUACUCGAUCCAAAUCUUGGUCUCAAUGCACACGAUGAACAAACGUUAAUCGAAAAUUGUCAUAUUGUGUUCCAUUCGGCGGCUACUGUUCGCUUUCACGAACCGCUUCGAUUAGCUGUUCAAAUGAAUGUGGCAUCCGUUGUAAAAAUACUGGCGUUGUGUCACAAGAUGAAAAAAUUACAAUCUGUCGUUCACGUAUCAACAGCUUAUGCUAAUUGCAAUCGUAAUAAUGUUUCCGAGAUGAUCUAUCCGCCACCUAUUCAACCGUCAAAACUAUUAGAUGCUUGUGAAUGGAUGGAUGAUCAAGUAUUAGAUGCUCUAACAAAUAAACUUAUUAGUGAUAGACCUAAUACGUAUACGUUUACAAAAGCACUUGCGGAAUACGUUGUAUCACAAGAUGCAAAAGAACUUCCAUUAGCUAUAAUACGUCCGUCGAUUGUUGGAUGUACAUGGCGGGAACCAAUGCCAGGUUGGGUUGAUAAUUACAAUGGUGCUACUGGAAUAAUUGUUGCGGCAAGCAAAGGACUACUCCGAACAAUGAUAGGAAGUGGUCAAGCCAUGGCUGAUAUUAUUCCAGUUGAUAUUUGCGUAAACAUGAUGAUUGCUGUAGCAUGGCAUACAGCAAUAAAACACCCGAAAACAAUUCCAGUAUAUCAUUGUUGUACUGGUCAUUUGGGUUCGUUAACGUGGGGUAAAAUUACGGAAAUUGGUCUAGGUCAUCUUGAACAUAUAUCUAUGGAGAAUGCUAUUAGCUAUCCGCAUUUACAAUUUACUGAAAAUAGAUUUCGAUAUUUUUAUCUUCGAUUCGUCAGAGAAAUACUUCCUGCAUUUGUACUUGAUGGUUAUAUGCGUUUAAUUGGUCGAAAACCAAUGUUUAUUAAAAUCUGUGAUAAAAUUUAUAAAAAUGUUCGUACAAUUGAUUUUUUUACUUUGCAUUCAUGGAUCUUUCCAAUUGAUAAUGGUAUUCUUUUACAAGGUGAAAUGAGCGAUUUCGAUCGACAAGCAUUUAAUUUUGAUGUAUCGGAUCUUGAUUGGUCUCAAUACUGGCAUAUCUAUUGCUUGGGUACAAAGCAAUAUUUACUCCGUGAAGAUCUCGCUCAUAUGCCGAAAUGUCGUAAACGUAAUAUAAGAUUAAGACGUUUACACAAUUUUUUGUGGUUUGGCCUGGUCGCUGUGAUAGCUAAACUUGUCUUAUUUAGAUCGAUCAAAUUUCAUCGAAUAUUAAUUGUUUUUCUUCGUUUAACUCUUUCCACUCUGUCGGCAAUUACUGCAAAACUUGGUUUUUAUAGAAAAUAA